AUGAUCAGUUCGGCAUUCUACUACCGAGACGUUUUCAACGUAGGCUACUUGAAGGCAAUACCGCAUGCCAAUUUCAUACACGAUCUAGUAAACUAUCCGGAAAAGUAUGAUACAGCAUUUUUCUCUCACACGAGAAAUUCUAUGGGCAAAGAUUUUGGGUUUCAUGGUGACAUUGAACCAAGAAAUACAUGUAAAUCUCAAAUCAGGAAAUACCUAGACCAAUUGAACUCAGACUUUCUGCUUGUUCUUAUCAUGGAAAACUUUGACGAAUCUCUCGUCAUGCUGAAAAGAGUUCUGAACUGGUCAUUUCAUGAUAUCGUCUACUUCAAAAUCAACUCACAUAAACACGAACAUACGGUUCUGAACUCUACAGAAAAAGCGAAAUUCAGAAACACCAGUUUCCUUGAUUUUGAAAUAUAUGAAUAUUUUGAGGAUGAUUUUUAUAAAGAAGUCGAAUUUUUUCAAACUGUUCUUGUCAAAACGAGCGAAUUUUGCUUGAGAAAGAAUAGCACUGAAAUAGUAGCAUUGUCAAUUGGAAAAUCGAGAUGGGAUGAAAAGUUUCAAGUUACACAGCUAGAUUGCGAAUGGAUGAAGACAAAGGAAUUAUCUCCAAGCUUCGUUCUGCUCCUAAACAUAUUCAACUCGCAUGAUGCCCUUUCUCGUUUCUGUUGGAACGAGCAAAAGAAACAGAAAGGCGUAAUCAAGUUCAAAAUAGAAUCGACCUUGUUGAGAACUGUAUCAAAUUUGUUACGUCGUAUUAUUUUUGUUCAUAAAGGGAAAAGCGUUAACAUUAAUUUCAAAACAUAG